AAGCGGCUGAAAGUAGUAGUUCAAUACAAAUACAAACACCAUAACUAUUUAUAUGUAUAUAUAUAGAUGAAGAUUUGAUAUUAACCAAGAAAAGGGUCUUGAAAAAACAUCAAAUAACAAUCUGGGUCAUUCUUAAUUUCUCAAAAUUGAUCAUAAAUAUUUACAUGUGCUCUCUUAAAGUGGCGAACCAGAGAAAACCCAACGAUGUUAGCCAUGGCGGCGAAGAAGACCAAUUAGAAGACCAACAACAACAACAAAUGAAUAUAUUACUUAACCAAUACGGUGUCGUUUCACCGGCUGAUAAUCAGAGUGGUGUUGGUGUUGGUGUUGGUACUCCGACUGAGAUGUCAGCAAUUGUUUCGGCUCUAACGCAUGUCGUUUCGGGAAACAGAGGAGAUGAGUUUUGGGGAUACGACAGUCGUUUUGAUAGUCAAGUACUCUAUGGUACUUCUCCUUCUUCUUCUUCUACGACAUCUGGUCAAAAGAGAGGUCGUGAUGAUGAUCAUCAUCAACAACAAGGUGUUUCUUCAACAACCAGAGCUUUUAGAACAACUCACCAUCAUCAACCUGAGUCAUCUUCAACUGAAGAAAUUAUAACAACUAUGUCGGUUCCCGCCGGCAAUGUAGCUCCGGCGCCGCCGUCUAGCGAGGCGGCGCCGGCGGAAGAUACCGGCGAGAGAAGAAGAAGAUACAGAGGAGUGAGACAGAGGCCGUGGGGAAAAUGGGCGGCCGAAAUUCGGGACCCGCACAAGGCGGCGCGAGUCUGGCUCGGAACAUUCGAUACGGCGGAAGCCGCCGCCCGAGCUUACGACGACGCCGCCUUGAGGUUCCGAGGAAACAGAGCGAAACUCAAUUUCCCCGAAAAUGUCCGAUCAAUUGUUCCGCCUCAUCAGAGCUACCCGGCAGCGGCGGCGGCUCUGCCUACCCACCUAACUGUUUCUCAUUCUCCCGCGACUCUUUUGGCGGCGCAGCCUAAUUUUUAUCAGGCAACGACGACACCGCCGCCGUAUCAUCAGGCUUCGAAUUCUGACGCUUUACGUGACUAUUUUCAAUACUCUCAGCUACUCCAAAGCUCAGGAGACUUUCAUGGUCAGCAAUUACAGCAACAACAACAGCAGCUUAAUCAGCCAUCAAGCUUGCUUGAACAGAUGAUGAUAUACAAUUCUCAAUUGGGUUCUCAUCUUCAAUCUCCGUCAUUAAUGAUUCCUUCUUCAUCUUCUUCACCUGUGUUCCCUUCAUCUUCUUCUUCUUCUUCUUCCUCCUCUGUUUCACAUCCUCUGUUUUUCUCCGGCCAAGUACAACAGCCACAUGGGUAUUUCCAAUCGGCUCCGGAGAAUCAAAAUCCGGCGAGUGGCUCCAGUUUUCCGGGACCGCCGUGGCCUAAUCCUCCCGGCUACAACAAUCCACGUCCUUCUUAAAAUCAUUUCCUCAUUUUUUUUAAUAUUUUUUAUUUUCAAAAAGAGCAAAUUACGAAAAUACCCUUUUGUUUAGUUUCUUUCUCAUGUAAUUUUUUUUUUUCUUAGGAAAACAUUUUGUUUUAAAUCUUUUUUCAUUAUUGUAAAGGACAAAGAAAUAUUACGAAAGGGGACAGAGAUAUAAAGUUAAAGGAGGAAAAAACAAAGGACUAUAAUUAUUAGGAGUUUUUUUUUUUUUAAUUUGGCCAUUUUUUUUUUGUUUAAUUUUUAUCCAAAGAUUUGAUGUUACUUUCUCUCAAUCAUCGAAAGAUGUAGAAACCAACUUUUUUUUUCGUUUUC